AUGACAAAGGUUUUUGCUCCACUAUUGUUGUGCUUCUUAAGUUUUGCACUUGCUGGGUUGGUCGCCAGCAGGCAGGAGGAGGUUGAGUUCUACUUGAUCAACAAAGGAGAUUUCUCAGUCAAGCUCACCAACUAUGGCGCCAGAGUCGCCUCAGUCAUCCUUCCUGACAAGAACGGGAAGCUGAUAGAUAUUGUUCUUGGGUACGAUACUACUAAGGAGUACCAGCAUGAUGGGUCAAAUUUUGGAGCCAUUGUGGGAAGGGUGGCCAACAGGAUCGGCGGGGCUCAAUUCACUCUUAAUGGUAUCCUCUACAAGCUUGAUGCUAACGAUGGGAACAACACACUUCAUGGUGGAAGCAAAGGAUUUAGCAACGUUGUCUGGAAGGUUAAGACGCACAAGGAAAGUUACAUCACCUUCACUUACCACAGCCCAGAUGGCGACCAAGGAUUCCCGGGAGACGUAGUCGCCCAAGUAACAUACACUCUAAAGCAAAACCCAUACAAACUGAUAGUCAAAAUGAACGCAAAAGCCCUGAACAAGCCAACCCCAGUCAACCUAGCACAGCACAACUACUGGAACCUCGGAGGCCACGACAGCGGCGACAUAUUAUCCGAAACCCUUCAGAUAUUCGCGUCCCACAUAACCCCCGUCGACGCCACCCUCAUUCCCACGGGCCAAAUCCUCGCCAUAAAAAACACGGCUUUCGAUUUCCUCAAACCGGUCCAAGUCGGGACCCAAAUGGCCAAACUCCCCGCGGGGACGCGCGGGUUCGACAAUAAUUAUGUACUCGACGACGAGGGGGCGGGGAAGCGGAAGAGGGUGGCGAAGGUGUACGAUGAGAGGAGCGGGAUAGGGAUGGAGGUGGGGGCCACGGCCCCCGGGGUGCAGUUGUAUACGGCUAAUCAUUUGCAGGGCGUGAAGGGGAAAGGCGGGGCGGUGUAUGAGUCGCAUGGGGCGUUGUGUUUGGAGACUCAGGGGUUCCCCGAUGCGGUGAACCACCCAAACUUUCCCUCCACUAUUGUUACUCCGGAUCAGCCCUAUAGGCAUACAUUGCACGUUACUUUGAGAGUCCAGAAGUUUAAGGGGGCUUGAAUAUAAUGAGCUUAUUAUCUCACUCCCAUUGUCCCAUCCGUCUCAACCUGUUUGAUCUAAGAGCUUCAAUAAUUAUAUGAUUUCUUUCAUGCAUCCCCACGUGUUUGGCAUCAUAUUAAUA